UUUGAUGUGGGAAUUCCCAGCGAGCGAGGCGCACUUUCAGCUGCACUUUGUCACUGGCUUUCCCGAGGCGAGAGCUGUCAGUGGCCAGGAGUUUCUACACUAGUACUUUGGAUCCAUUAUUGCCCAAGAGAAGGGGGUGAUUUGGAUAUUUGGGAAUGUAAAAAUGUAUUUCUCUUGUCUUUGUGUCAGAGGAUUAACAUUUCUCUAAUAUUUGGGGCUGGUUUCCUCUCUCCACCCACCCCCUCCUCAGAUUCCUGGGGUAAGCUUUCCUGCUCUUAUCUGUGCCUGUUAUUUUAUUCGGGAAAGCCCCUCUGUCCCCUCCGACCCUGGCAGAUUCACUCUAGAAAUAGACACUGAUUCCCCCCGAGUCUGCCUGCUCUUCACUUGGGGGGGUGAUGCCAAUCGCCUCCAGUUCUGUGCAGCCCUCCCCUCCGGACUCCAGCCUCUUUACUCGGCUUCGCCCAGUUCAAGCAGACAGGCUCCGGGACCCCAAGCAGCAGCAGCAGCAGCCGGUGGGAGGCGGUGAGAGCGGGGGUGGCGGUGGAGGAGGAGGUGGGCUCUUGCCUUUCCCGGUUUGCCUCGAUCCAAGGCAAGCUGAAGAAGGGGCCGAGGGCAGAGGAGCCGGGCUAAGCAGCAGACUGCUGCCUGGGAGUGCUGCCUCCUCCUCUUCUCCCCAGCACCCUCUGCUGCAGGUCACCACAGCUUUCAGCUCUCCCUCCUUCUACCAGUCAUUCUCUGUCUCGUCUCACUCUACUUCUCCCUCACCUCCCACAGCUCCUUCUUUCCUGCACCCUGUCUUCCUGGAGCCCCCAAGGACUAGAUCCAGAUCUACGUGUAGGUCUGGAUUCAUGAUGAACCAACAACAGCAGCAGCUCCAUGGCAUGCCAGGAGCAGCUCACUUUCCCCACCACCAGCUCCAGACACCACAACAACCCCCUCCUCCUCUUCUUUUUCCUUCUGCCCUUCGUGGGAUAAACAUGGACAGAAAUGACAGCCGCCCCCCUGAGGGAGCCAGGCAGCCCCACAGCCCACCAGCUUUAGGGGGCAGAAGGAGAGGAAACAGCCCAAACAACAGUUCUCACAACCAGCACCAACACAUGAGAUCUCCAGCAGGUAAUAUGGGCCCCUCGUUCCAGUGUCAGCCGGUACAUCAAGACCACAUAUGCAAUGAUGACAGCGAAAAGAACGAAGACAGUCCCAGCCCCAAGCGACAGCGACUAUCUAAUUCAGUUUUUGAAUACGCUGCAGCAUCUCCUGCCCCAUCUCCCCCAAUGCGACCAUGGGAGAUGACAUCAAAUAGGCGGCCUCCUUCGGCUCGGCCCCACCAGCACCACUUCUCAGGGGAAAGAUGCAACACUCCUGCACGGAACAGGAGAAGCCCACCUGUGAGGCGUCAGAGAGGGAGAAGGGAGAGACUGUCUCGUCACAACUCAAUUAGCCAAGAUGAAAAUUAUCACCAUCUCUCCUAUGGGCAACAGCAAGCAGUAGAAGAGCCUCGAGCCUUCCACCCACCGAAUGUAUCCCCUCGCAUGCUCCACCCAGCUGCACAUCCACCACAGCAAAAUGCCGUAAUGGUAGACAUUCAUGAGCAGAUUCACCAGGGCACAGUACCAGUCUCCUACACAGUCACAACAGUAGCACCACAUGGGAUUCCACUUUGUACAGGACAGCACAUCCCUGCUUGUAGUACACAACAAGUUCCUGGGUGUUCGGUGGUCUUCAGUGGCCAGCACCUACCAGUUUGCAGUGUGCCUCCACCUAUGAUUCAAGCCUGUUCGGUUCAGCAUUUACCGGUGCCCUAUGCUGCUUUCCCACCCCUCAUUUCAAGUGAUCCAUUUCUUUUGCAUCCACCCCACCUUUCCCCACAUCACCACGCUCACCUUCCGCCUCCUGGUCAGUUUGUUCCCUUUCAGACACAACAGUCACGUUCGGAAAGUAAUUUGCACAACUCUCCCCUGCAGCCACUGCAAAGGAUAGAGAAUGAAGUGGAGUUGCUUGGAGAGCAUCUACCUGUAGGUGGGUUUACGUACCCGCCAUCUGCCCAUGCUCCAACACUGCAACCCUCUGCUCCACUACAGUUCAUAACCCAUGAUCCUUUACACCAGGAAGUUUCCUUUGGUGUUCCUUAUCCUCCAUUUAUGCCUCGAAGAAUAACUGGACGAAACAGAUAUCGAUCACAACAACCAAUACCACCACCACCUUAUCAUCCAAGUCUUUUACCUUAUGUACUAUCAAUGCUUCCAGUGCCUCCUACCGUUGGACCUGCCUUUAGCUUUGAGUUGGAUGUUGAAGAUGGGGAGGUGGAAAACUAUGAGGUUGGUGCAUUGCUGAAUCUCGCAGAAAGACUGGGUGAAGCCAAACCACGGGGACUAACAAAAGCAGACAUUGAACAACUUCCAUCCUAUAGGUUUAACCCAAACAAUCACCAGUCUGAGCAAACCUUAUGUGUAGUAUGCAUGUGUGAUUUUGAGUCAAGACAACUUCUUAGAGUCCUACCGUGUAACCAUGAAUUUCAUGCCAAGUGUGUCGACAAAUGGCUCAAGGCAAAUCGUACUUGCCCAAUUUGUCGGGCAGAUGCUUCAGAAGUACAUCGUGAUUCCGAAUGACCAAUCUCAGAGCACAAUUAAAGCUUGGCUGUUCCUAGUCACGUGUGUGUGUUUAUGUAUGCGCACACACCAACUAUCCAUUGAACUGAACCCACGUGGCUUCCAGCCUACUCUUUUCACAAAAGGGUCAAUGGACCUCUUUUUGCACUGUGUGAUUUAAUCAAUUAUAAAGCUUCUGAUUAGUCUUCACAAUUAUGGGAUUGUUCUACUAACAGUGUGAUUGGGACUCCAAAGAUUAUUAUUAUUUUUUUAUAUACCUUAGCUUAUUUUGUGUGUGCACUAACAUUCCCUGGUUUUUGUGUGAUCAUUCCGAGUGUUUUGCUGCAAGAUUACAGUGGUUCGUGAUCUUUUAGCAUGUGCUUUUAUAUUUAAAAGGAAAAAAAAAGAAAAAUCAAAUGCAGUGGUAGCUCCAAACAGUUUAGCAAUCUACCUUAUUAUAGAGCCUUCAGAUACUGUGAGUGUGGACGGAUGGGUUGCGUGUUAGUGACAUUGUGGCUUGGUGCGACUGUUGGGCACAAGCGUGAGUCUGUGUGCUUGAGAAACAAUAUACCAGCAUGUCCUGAGAAUUGUGUGGGUGUAGUAUUACAUAUGCUGCAAUGUAUAAUCGUGUGUGUUAUUUAAACAGUACUAGUACUGUACACUGGUUACUUUUGUUGUGUUUGCAGUUGCACACUGAAUGCUAUGGGUGUAGCAAUUAAUUGGCAUUUCAUAUUCUUUUUAUCUUCCCUCCACUUAAUAGGGUAUUCAUAGAUUAGAAGCCAAUCUUUCCUUAUUAAACUGCUUGUUUGUAUUAUGGACCAGUUCUGAUUUGGAUCUCACUGCAGGAGAAAGGUGCAUUUGUCUUGUUCUGACUUCACAAUUCUUAGGGACAUUUUAGAGCAUUAUUGUUUGCCGCAUUGAUCUUGUUAACUCUCUUCUGGGGUGUUUCAGUUGGCAAGUGUCACAUCCUCCUAAAUCUUCCAUAGCUGAUGUGUUAAUGAGAUCUUCUUUUAGGGUGUAGCUGUUUGUCUCAAAUUAAUAUGCCAUAAAGCUGUUAUAUUGCUUCUCUUUCAUGACUGUAUCUGAGCACUAGGUUACCCUAGUUUCACAUUGUUUCAGUUUAUCAAUCCUUUUACAUUAAAGAGUGAGGUUUAGUUGAACAUGAACACCGCUAAUGCAAUAUUUUUAAAGGAACAGUCACACCAAAAAUGUAUCGAGUAAUGAAAAUAUAAUGUACUGUUGCCUUGCACUGGUAUAAGUUGUGUUUUUUCCUCAGAAAGACUACUAUAGUUUAGUUGACAAUCUGCUGUGUAGCCAUGGGGAGAGUUAUUAAAAUUGAAAUAGGGUUACAUAGCAGAUAACAGAUAAGCUGUGUAGAAUACAAUGGUGUUUUACAAAGCCAGUCUGUUAUCUUCUAUGUAACUUGUGCUUUUUCUCCCUUUUACAGCUUGAAUGGCUGCCCCCAUGGCUAUGCAGUUGCUUUUAUGUAUAAACUAUAGUAGGGGUUCUGAAGCAAACACACUAGUAUUACCAGUGUAGGGCAACUCUACAUUAUAUUUUAAUUACUUUGAUACACUUUCAUUUUUUGGUGUUACUGUUUCUUUAAUAGUUUCUUUGUUGCCCAUCCAUAAUGCUUUUGUUGGGAUAGAUAUAAACAAUGUGUGGCUUAUUUAGUAGAAGUUUGUACCCCAUUUUCAGUAAAGAAUAGCAACCAACUGGGCAUUAGCUUUGCAUAUUCUACCUGAAGGAGAAUGAUUAAAGCUCACUGCCCCAGCAAAGGGGUCCCGGCAGUCUAUAUAGCAGAUUUGCCAGUGAGUCCCAAUUCAUUUGUACUGGAUAAAGUAUAAAGUCAUCCUUUAUUAAAAAGUCAGUUGACUGAGUAUUCUGUUUAUUUCUAAGCUGCUCAUAAACAGCCACUCUGGGGUGGCUAUUAUUCCCUGACAGCUUUCUGAUUCCAUUGUUAGUACUGAUUUCUUCUAUUUGUUUGUAUUUAAUAAGGGAUGUCAAUGUACUUUAUAGUAUAGAGGAAUUAUAUACCUAACCUAUUACUUUAGUCUUUGUGUACAUUGCAGACAGCUCCAUGCCGAAAGCAAUAAGGCAUAUGAGACAAGGCAUUUUGAAUGCUGCAAAAUUGCAUUCACAAUGCAGUACAGCUGGUUGACCCUUGCAAUUUUUUUUACUUGAAAACCAUAAGUAAUAGUAUGUAUAGCAUUCUAUCAUUGAGCCACACACUGCCAGCCAUUAAUCAACACUGGGCAAAAUUGCAUCUGGACAAUAACCCAUAGCAACAACUUAGCAUUUCCAGGCUGAUGCAGGUAGAACAAAAAGAGCUAACAUUUCUUUGGUUACCUUAGGUUACUGUCCUGUGUUGAUAAAUGAGCCAGUUUGUUAUCUCUGUUAACCUAAGCAGGUCAUCAGCACGGGUCCGUAUUCUCUGCUGGCAGUCACUCCUGCCUGAUGUUGCAGCUUGAGGCCUAUGACCUAUGCUUUGAACCAAUACACAAUAAAAUGUUUCCCCAUCUUUAUGAUCUGAUCAUUUGGUCCUAUAUUGUCCACCUCAGGUGGGUAUAUAGGGGAAGAUCGACCUGUUGGGCAGCUUCCCCAAAUGGGCAGCUUUAGAAAGUAGUGUACUUACGACCAGCACUGGUAAAAAGUUGUGUGUUUGCCUCAAUAAGACAACUAUAUAAGACUACUAUAGUUUUAUAUAUAAAUAAAGCUGUUGUGUAGCUACUCUAUUUACAAAAUAGGGAUAAAUUGCACAGCAGAUGACUGAUAAGCUCUGUAGAAUACAAUGGUGUUUACAGAGCUUAUCUGUCAUCUUUUAUAUAACCUGUAUUUUUUUUCCAAUUUGAAUUGCUGCCCCCAUGGCGACACAGCAGGAUAUUUGUAUAAACUAUAGUAGUCUUUCUGAAGCAGACAUGCCAGUUUUACCAGUGUAGGGCAGCAGUACAUUAUAUUUUAAUUACUUUAAAUUGCUUUCAUUUUACAGUGUUACUGUUCCUUUAAACUGAGCCACUUUUGGAGCUAAUCAUGAACUUUUUUUUUUUUUUUCCUGAUAAAAACUGCCGGGUGUCUUGUCAUAGGUGACUUUUGUCAUUAAUGUCAUAUUUUCUUAUUAGUACUAAAAUAAAAUUUGAACUGAAUUUACCCAGCAUACGCCCGACAGUUAAUCUUGUAAGGGUUCUGCUAGGUUAAUAAGCACCAGAAUGCUGAACAUUGCCUUUCUGCAGGUUAGUGAAGCAAUACAUAAUCAUGAAUUCAAGAUAACGACAGAUGCACCUUUUUAUUUAUCCUUGCAGUGUAAUUCCUAAUGAGCAGUGAGUUUUGAUUCAUAUCUUGGCGUUCACAUUGGUUGCAAUAGCACAAGCAGCACACAACAGCAAUGCUCAAUGUAGCUGCCAACCCCCCUGGUUUUCCUUUUUAAUUUCUCGUGUUAUAACUUCUGAUGCAGGUAUGCUAUCAUCCUUGUCACAGCUCUGUUCUAUUUCCUGGUGCCCCAAAAGUGUUGUUCUGUUACUUCAUGCUGCUUGCCCUCUGUGCCACUGUUCCAUUCUUGGGGUUCAGUGGAUUGAAACAAAAAGCACAAUCUGUCUAUGAUUUUACUGUUUAUUUGCGCCACACUUUUUCUUUUUGUAAACUGCCCUGCAGACAGAGUAUCUGUGUCCGUUGGAAGUGGGUGACAGACAAAUAGAGAACCAAUGCUUACUGUUUCUUAGCUUCAUAAUGAAACAAACCAGCCACUGGAUAUUAAUAUUUCACUUGUUUUUCGUUGGACAUAAAAUCAUGACAAACAAAACAGUUUUAGCACACUCCUCUUAAAAUGCUACAGAACCUUUUAUAUUAGUGUGGAUUUUUUUUUUUAAACUUGUAUAGAAUUAAAAACACUACUACACUCAAUAUUCACUUUAUUGAAGCAUGCAAGCAUUGCACUUUUUCAAGCUUAGACUGAGCUAAAUGCAAAGAUGUUUUUUUUAAAAAAAAAUUGUUUGAGGUACCCACACAUUCUGGAGUUUUGUCCCCUUCCCCCAACAAAAUGCAAACUUCCAGGUCUUUCUUUCUUAUUAUGCCCUGAAUACUACAAGAUAGGAUGAAGUGUCAUAGUUUAUAAAGUAGUUGCACUCUGGAGGCUGGUACUUCUAGAAUGUUUCUGGUUUUGCAUGGGACACGCGGACAUGUGCUGACUUGCUUCCUGUGGUUAGUGUAAUAUAAAGAUAAAUCUAUAAAAAGCACACAUGCAUGUGUUCUAAACCAGCUCACACCAACUACAAACUUCCAGCUGUGGAAAAGCCAACAAGUAGAUGAACAAGAGGACACUUCUCAGCUGUUACUGCCAUAUUGUCUACAAAAAUGCCUGUAGCCCUAGCUUGCAGUAGUGCCACGCCUGCAGAGAAACACAUCCCCUGAUUGAUUUCCUCUCUUGCCCCAUCUAAGCCCUACCCAUUGUUGGCUUCAGCAUAUGUGGCAUUGUUUUGUUAUUUUAUGUUUAUUUGCAUGGUUUUUUUUCCAAUUUAGUGGUUUUGGUGACUAAAAGUGAUUUUAUCAAGGCCCCUGCUAUUUUCAGGAUUAUGUUAAUAUUUUUUCAUUUAAGUUUUGUCACUGUUACAGUAUUCUCCCUGCGGAAUUUCUCUUCAGGCCUUACAGGAAGAAGCCGUUGCCUGCGUUUUCCCACUUGGUACAUUUACAGUUACCUCAUUGCUAUUUAUGUAUUUUUUUCUUCUGAUUUGCCAAUGAAAGCAUAAAGAUUUUAUUGGAGUCAUAUUUUUGUUCAUUCUCUAUGUAUCAUUUAACAUGAUGUAGUUUUAAAUGUAUUAUAAAUAUCUGUAACCAAAUCAUUUGAAGGCUUGAUGAAUUUUUAACAAAAUUUGUACAUUUUUUAUGAGAGUAACUAGUAAUGCUUUACUAAGUAGUGCAAUGAUUUUUUGUUUUGUUUUUAUUUUGUUUUUGUUUUUUUUUGUUUUGUUUUUUUUUUUUUUUUUAAAUCCCUGUGCCCAGUUUUGGAUUUGAGAGGGUUGUUCAGUAAUAAAUGUAUGAUGUAUACUUACA